AUGGCCUCGCAUCUUCUUCCUGCCCAGCCAGCUCCAAUCUUGCUUUCUCCUGGAAGAUGUGCAUUGAUCAUGAUAGACAUGCAGAGAGAUUUUAUCUCAAAAGGAGGUUACGGAGAUUUGCAAUGCAAUUCAGAAACCGUUUUCGAUAAAGUAGCUAGCAAUAUUGAGCCGUGCAAGGAGGCUCUUUGGGCGGCCCGGAGAUUGGGAAUGACCGUGAUUCAUACUCGCGAGGGACAUAAUCCCGAUCUUUUGGACUUAGCUCCUUCAAAGAGACUCCGACAAAGGACUGCCCGCCCUCAAAAUCAUCCUUUCGUGAUUGGAGAACGUGGUCCAAUGGGUAAAUUAUUGGUGAGGGGCGAGUUCGGACAUGAAAUCAUUGACGAACUUAAGCCAAAGCCUACGGAGAUAGUGAUUGACAAACCUGGGAAAGGUUCGUUUUAUAACACGUCUUUAUAUUGGACUCUAACUUCACUUGGAAUUACUCACUUGCUGCUAUGUGGGGUAACUACUGAAUGUUGUGUCGCGACAACAUUCAGGGAGGCAAAUGACAGAGGGUUUGACUGUUGUGUUUUGGCGGAUUGUACUAACGGAUUCAAUGAGGAUAUCGUCAAACAGACAAUUAAUGUUUCCUGUGCGUACGAUGGGUUGCUAGGAAGCGUUUCUUUUGGUAAGGAUCUCGUGAUUCUUGCAAAUCAAAACUCCCCGGGAGAACUACAGCCGGAUACUUGGAGUGUUCAUAAUAGUCCUCUAGAUGGCGUCAGGUAUCAAUCAUUCGAUGGUCAUGUGAACAAACUCUGCAAAGAGAAGGGAGCAAUAUAUUCCACUGAUGCUCAAUUUAAAUUAAUAGUUGACGAUGGAUUUCAAGGGUUUGAUAUGGGAAGCGUACAGUUUACGGCAUCGAAUGGCAUGGUGUCUUUACUGGGUGCAGACUGUCCUUCAUUCUCAUCGGUUGCAAUUUUGUCUGAAUCUGUCGCUAAAGUACGGACUGUAUUCACUGUGAUUGGUGGCUAUAUUGCAGUCGACCCCUACUCUAGAGACCCCAACGAAUACUUUCAGUACCCAGUUGACUAUCGCGGUGUGAUAGAAGGAGGAUUCGCCUACUCAUCAUUUGAUGACUUGAAAUUGCAUAAUGGUCGAUCGGUUGAUUUCAAUUUCACGGUCGUUUCUCAACUAAUGGAUUUCAUACAAGUUGGAGCAUCAUCAUUUACUAUGGAACUUGCUUCACAAAAGAGAUGCCCAUUUCCAUCUCCAGAAAAGUUUUCUAAAGACGAGAGAAAGUUGGCCUUUUUGAAAAAAGUGUUUAACGAAAGCUUGAGAUACAUCGAUAUUCUUAUUUUUCCGGUUAACUCCACUCUCUCUGGUUUUCCAAUAUCUUUGUUGCCACGGAUUGUCGGGUGUCCAUGCGUGAUUUUGAAGGGAAAUUUAAUAAUCGCCAAGAGAGGGUACGAUGGACGACUUUUGGAUAUAUGCGAGGUUUUACAAACCCAAAAGGGAUUUCAGGAUUCUAUUUGA